AUGUCUCCAAAUAUUUACAUCAUCGGCGCACAAAGCUCCGGGAAAACAACCCUCGUACAGGCCCUUGAGACUCACUUUACGAACCAGCACGAAACCCUUUCCGCUUCCGCUGCCCCGAGGUUCAUUAAGGAAGUUGCGCGCAAAGUACUAGACAAGCAUGGCUAUACGGCAGAAGACAUUGUAACAUCACCUCAGCGCACAUUACAGCUGCAAAAGCUGAUCAUCGAAGCACAAGCCCGGGCGGAAUACGAACCGGCUAAUUCCGAUACUCCGGCUACAAAUGCCACCUGUCCCCCCAGUUUCAUUUCGGAUCGUUCAGCCAUCGACCCAGUUGUCUACGCCAGGCAGUACGUCGGAUUGCAAGAAAGUCAAGGUUUACUGGAACUACCAGAGUGGCGUCAAAUGCACAAACGCAUGCAAGCCUCGUUGAUCAUAUUGUGCGAGCCAAGAAGUGACUGGCUCAAGAGUGAUGGGGUACGGUUGAUGCCCCGGGACAACGAAGAAUGGAUGUUGACUCACAAGCUGUUCUGUGAUGUGCUCAACGAGGUUGGGUUGUCCUUCGUCGUACUAUCGGAGGGAAUGUCAGAUAUCAAAGUCAGGGUAGGGUUCGUGCUUGAGCACAUAGAGUAA